AAAGAAAAACUUAUUCUGACCCUUAUUAAAGAUGGCAAGGCACUUAGUGCUUUGGGAGGCAAGGCAGGACGAUACCUUGAGGCCAGGAGUUUGAGACCAGCCUGGGCAACACAGUGAAACCUCAUGUCUACAGAAAAUUUUAAAAAUUAGCCAAGUGUGGUGGUGAGAGCCUGUAGUCCUAGUUCCGUGGGAGGCUGAGGCAGGAGGAUCACUUGAGUCCAGGGGUUCGAGGCUGCAGUCAGUGCACCAUGAUUGCACCACUGUACUCCAGCCUAGGUGACAGAGCAAGACCUUGUCUCAGAAAAACAAGACAAAGGGCAGGUUGUUCAGGAUGAUUAUGAUAGGUAUAGGGACUGCUGCAAUGGGAUUGUGUAGUGGGGGAGACCUAGGAGCAGGAGUGGGGGCCAUGGACGGAAAAUUACUAAGAGGAAGCAUCAGGGUGAAGGGGGUUCUGGCUGAACUGACCUAACAGGAUUCUUGUGGAAGGCAGGCCAGGGAAGGCCGCUAGCAUCACUCCUCUGGACCAUAAACACUCUGGGAGUCCCGAACUCUCCCGAGCAGUGCACUGGCACCAGUGUUCCAGAUGUGUGUACACCAUUUGCUUUUCACUCAAGAUGAUUUGAUGUCUUAUAAAACUCUGAUGAACCAUGAUGGCUACACAGACAUUAAGUAUAGACAGCUAUCAAGAUGGGCAACAGAUGCAAGUAGUAACGGAGUUAAAGACAGAACAAGAUCCAAACUGCUCUGAACCCGAUGCAGAAGGAGUGAGCCCUCCCCCUGUGGAGUCUCAGACCCCGAUGGAUGUGGACAAGCAGGCCAUUUAUAGGCAUCCACUAUUUCCAUUAUUAGCUUUGUUGUUUGAAAAAUGUGAACAAUCUACACAGGGCUCUGAAGGCACAACUUCUGCCAGUUUUGAUGUAGACAUCGAAAAUUUUGUAAGAAAGCAAGAGAAGGAAGGGAAACCUUUCUUUUGUGAAGAUCCAGAAACUGACAAUUUAAUGGUAAAAGCAAUCCAGGUUUUGCGCAUUCAUCUUCUUGAGCUGGAAAAGGUUAACGAACUCUGCAAAGAUUUCUGCAGUCGAUACAUUGCUUGUCUAAAAACAAAAAUGAACAGUGAAACUCUGUUGAGUGGAGAGCCUGGAAGCCCUUACUCACCGGUGCAGUCCCAGCAGAUUCAAAGUGCCAUUACAGGCACCAUCAGCCCUCAAGGAAUUGUGGUGCCGGCGUCUGCACUGCAGCAGGGAAACGUAGCCAUGGCGACGGUGGCAGGUGGCACAGUGUAUCAGCCUGUCACGGUCGUCACUCCCCAAGGCCAAGUGGUCACACAGACAUUGUCGCCUGGGACAAUUAGGAUCCAGAACUCCCAGCUUCAGUUACAGUUAAACCAAGAUCUCAGCAUCUUGCAUCAAGAUGAUGGUUCAUCUAAGAACAAGAGGGGCGUCCUGCCAAAGCAUGCCACGAACGUGAUGCGGUCCUGGCUCUUCCAGCACAUCGGGCAUCCCUACCCAACAGAGGAUGAGAAAAAACAGAUUGCUGCUCAGACAAAUUUGACACUACUCCAAGUCAACAACUGGUUCAUCAAUGCCAGAAGACGAAUUCUUCAGCCAAUGUUGGAUUCAAGUUGUUCAGAGACCCCUAAAACAAAGAAAAAAACUGCUCAGAACCGGCCAGUUCAGAGGUUUUGGCCUGACUCUAUUGCAUCAGGAGUCGCACAGCCACCGCCGAGCGAGCUCACCAUGUCGGAAGGAGCUGUUGUCACCAUCACCACGCCCGUGAACAUGAACGUGGACAGCCUUCAGUCUCUGUCCUCGGACGGGGCCACCCUGGCGGUGCAGCAGGUCAUGAUGGCAGGGCAGAGCGAGGACGAGUCUGUGGACAGCACGGAGGAGGACGCGGGUGCCCUGGCCCCCGCCCACAUCAGCGGGCUGGUCUUGGAGAACAGUGACUCCCUGCAGUAGGGGCAGGAGCAGACGCACCUGACUUUUUAGAGUUUGCACAGCAAACAUUUUACACAGUUUUAUUUCUAAUAUGUUUUAUAUGUAGAUAUAGAAGAGUGCACUUUUGUAUUUCCUAGUAAGCUUAAAGCGCGUCUUUGCCGGUGCAGCGACUUCUUUCAAGUGUGUGUGUGUGUGUGAGUGUGUGCAUGUGCACACGUGUGUGUGUGUGGAUUUUUAAAGAAAUUCUUUAAAGGUUUAACGCUAGAUUGUGAGGAAUGACACACCACUCCCUCCCCACCUUGAAUCCCUAAUUAGAUUAAGGAAUAGUGCUGCCAUUUUCUAAACCAUGAUGCGGUUUUCACUUAGUUCUGUGGUUCCAGCAGAUCUCAGUGGGCUGGUUUAUUUGUGUGGCCCAUGGAUUUGAAAGAAGCUGCUGCACCUGAAACUGCCAGUGUGCGGUGACAACGGCACACGCCUAGACUGAGUGUGGUUUCAUCGUGAGUGGACGGACGGCAAGCUUAGCAAGCCUAAGUCCCCCCAUGUUCAGUGAGCCUGUUUCAUUUGCUAUAUAGAAAAAGAAACUCCUAUUUUUACCUUGCUGGAAUUAUUGGAUAAAAAAGCUAUUUUUAUAAAUUCGUUAUGAAUUGGAUGAUGACUAUAUUGAGGAUAAAAUUUCUAGAGAAGAAACAAUACCUGCUUGCUAUUAAUAUUUCAAUUUGGAAUGCUCUGAAUUGACCAAAUUUAAUGAACCUGCCCAAAGUUAGCUACCGUUCUAUGGUUCUUUGCUCUCCCAGGGUGGUGAUGAACAUUUACUACUAUAAAGAAACAGCUAUUUAAUGAAAUUUUGAUAUCUGCAAAUUUUUGUUGAUAUGUAAUGCUCAGAUUGCAUUUUACACUUGAUCUAAACAUAUAUUGAAAGGUAUCUGCUAAAUAGGACUUCGGGUAAGUGAGGUGAAAUGGUAGCCAGUGAUCCGUUAGGAGCUCUUAGCAUACAUACUCCAGUCUAAUUUAAAUCUGACCACAGUUGCAUGGUUGCUUUACCAUGUUAGCUGUGUAUUGUUUUAGAAGUUUUAACUUCAAAAUAUGUUAUACACAGAAUGUUUAUUAUAAACUAAUAUAAAAUGUGCUCUACCCCAUUGGCUCAGAGCUAGGGCAAACAGCAGAUAUUCAGACUUUAUUACUUAACUAGCGGACAUCCCUGGAGUCCCAGCGGCGAGUUGGUCUGGCGAGGGCGCCUCGGCAGCCCCCACGGGUUGGUUCCUGUGUUUGCGUUUGUUGCUGGUCUCCUGGUGUCAGCGUUCUCUUGUACGUUGUUGCUUUUGACUUUUCAGAGCCCUCCUGCUCACUUGACCACGUGAGAUUUGGAGAAACUGUAGGACUUCUGUUUCCUGGUAACAAGAUGAACCGAGAGAGUGGGCUGGGUUCUGUUUUCUCUGGGUUUGAUUUGUUUUCAUUUGUUUACUUAGGAGUGGUGCUUUUUCUCAGAAAACAGGACACGGUGUUUCAUACAGAAUGUCUUCAUAUCAUCUGAAAUGGUAUGGCUGAAGUUCAUUUGUUUACAGGGUCGGGAAUGUCUUCAAUUCUUGAGAUUCAACAGUAAUGAUUGGUUGUAAGCCAAGGGACAUUUUAAGCUAGUGAAGAGUUUUUUCUGGAAUUGAUUUUUCCCAAAAGAAUAUAUUAAUUGAGGUUAAGAAGUCAGUGGGAAAUACACAGAAAUUUAUUUUAAAAUCUUUCAGGAGCUUUAACUGAAAGACUUGAUUAUCGAGUCUUUUGGGGAGAGAAUGACAUUUUUUUUUUUUUUUUUUGAGACAGAGUUUUGCUCUUAUUGCCCAGGCUGGAGGGCAAUGGUGCGAUCUCAGCUCACUGCAACCACCACCUCUUGUGUUCAAGCAAUUCUCCUUCCUUAGCCUCCUGAGUAGCUGGGAUUACAGGCAUGUGCCACCACGCCUGGCUAAUUUUGUAUUUUUAGUAGAGACGGGUUUCUCCAUGUUGGUCAGGCUGGUCUCGAACUCCCGACCUCAGGUGAUCCGCCUGCCUCAGCCUCCCAAAUUGCUGGGAUUAUAGGCGGGAGCCACUGCGCCCGGCCAAAAAUGACAUCUUAAAGCCACCAUUGCGUUCCUCAUUUGUGAACUGUUUUCUCAUAUUUUAAGUAAGUCUACAAGAUCAUUUUUAACCUAAAAUAAGCACCCAUGAAAGCCAGCCAGCCCUUCCUCCUUCCCUCACCACCCUCUCUCUCUUCGUCCCUCACCACGUUCCGUCUCUUCAUCCCUCACCACCCUUCGUCUCUUCAUCCCUCGCCACCCUCCGUCUCUUCAGCUGCCUGCUCUUUAGUGUAGAUUAGUGGAAGCCAUUCACAGAAUGUAGACUCAUGUAUAGGUCACUGUUUCUUUCCCCCACUAGAAAUCACAUUCACUAAGCAGUGGAUUGAAUUUAAGAGUGCUGCCCCUGCCCGGCGCAGUAGGGCGUGCCUCUAGUUCCAGCUACUCGGGAGUCUGAGGCAGAGGAUUGCAUGUGCCAGGAGUUUGAGGCUGCAGUGCACUGUGCUUGCACCUGUCAAUAGCCACUGCACUCCAUCUUGGGCAACACAGUGAGACCCCCACCUAUAGAAAGAGAGCACUGCCUGAACCUCGGUGGCACUGUGAAGCUCUGGCCUGAGAGUUAAACACCCAUGCUGAAUGGUACAGUGUGCAUUCUCUCCAGCUGAAAACUUUCUUCAAUUUUCCUAAAUUCUUACUAAAUUCAGAGGAAUAAGAUAAAGAUCAUUUAGUGAAAGGGUGCUUAUGGACAUAGCCUGAGUUUCCUUUAACCUCUCUCCAAUGGGUGCUUUUAACUAGCUUCUACAUGGCAAGCCGUUUCAGUUUGUAAAAUCACUGCCCAGCAUGUUUGAGGUCAGUUGGCACCUUAAAACACCUGUUCUCCAGCCCUUGGACAGUGGAGAGAAUCUGUAAAAGUGUGACCCCUCUAAGAUUUCAUUUUAAAUGAUCAGAUUCGGUCCCAGUUUUAUUCUUGUUGAGUUUUUCCCUAUGAAGGCUCCCUUUGAAUGUGUCUUGAGACCCAAAUUGAGCAUGUUGCUGUUAUUCCUGCCCUGCACCUGUUGAGCAGGAGUGGCAGGGCUGGCUGUGCUGGGUUCCAGCUCGCUCCCGCCGAGGGACUAGCUUGGCCUUUGUGCUUUGAUUCCAGAUAGUAAGAUGAGUGGAAGUGUUUAUCCAGUAUGCAAAAGAAACCCUCAUGGCUAAGGGCUCCGGGAGUUGUGUCUGUGUCACCUGAGAGUGAUCCGUCUCCUGCCUGUGUCAGGUGGCAGUGGGCACUUUUCAUUGAGGCAAACUCCAGGGUGCCCAGCGGGGGUUCUGCCCCUUGCGAAGGCCCAUUCCUGGCACUUAAAGACAGAAAGAACUCAGCAAUCUUUCGUUCUAGUUAUAUUCGGUCUUUGAAACUGACAAUCUUUGAAAUGUGAAUACUGUAACAAUAUGUUUUCUUGGAUUGUUGUCUUUAAAAAGGAUUUUUGUGAAGCAAUUGAUUUAUCAAAGCAAAAAAAUUAAAAAUAGAAACUUG